AAAUGCAUGGAACUUUGAGGAUCAAAAUUGAAAUCUUUAAGCAAUUUUCCAGGUUUACAGCUUCUCAUACCUUUUGCUCCUCGAGAGUCAAUUUUCCCACCAACCCAACUCCAAAAACACUCGAUCUGCUGCUAAAUCAGCGACCACCAUUGUUGCAACUCGAGCAAGUACACGCUCAAGUCAUCACCAAAUCACUCUCAUCAUAUUCUAUUCUGAUUGACUCUUUGAUCCAUUGCUACCUAUCAACUAAUAGCCUCACCAUUGCAAGAACGCUAUUCGAUCAAUAUCCUAAUUAUCCUCCACCGAUUUUGCUAUGGAAUCUAGUGAUCAGAUCUUAUUCCAAACUCCCGAAUUCUCUGGAACCCAUCAGUCUUUUUUGCCGAUUGAAUGCAUUAGAAGAUGAUCCUCCAGUUAUCGCGGACAAGUUCACCUUCACUUUCUUGAUCACGUCGUGCACGCACCAAACCUCAGAAUUACAUGGGUUGAUUGUGCAUGGGAUAGUGACAAAAAAUGGGUAUCUGAGUAAUCUAUAUGUGGGUAAUUCACUGAUAAAUUUGUAUGGUGUGUUUGCUAGACUUGAUGAUGCUUGCAAGGUGUUCGAUGAAAUGUCCGAAAGAGACGUCUUUUCAUGGACUAGUCUGCUAGGUGGGCAUGCCAAGCAAGGGGAAAUGGACAAAGCCUCUGAAAUCUUUGCUAUGAUGCCGCUACGUAACAUGAUAUCUUGGACUGUUAUAAUCUCGGGAUUUCUUGAUUGUGGCAAGUAUAUCAAGGCUCUCGUAUGUUUCUAUGACAUGCUAAUGGAAUCACAUGAUUCUUUGAAGCCAAAUGAGGCUGUUCUUGUUUGCGCUCUAUCCGCUUGUUCUCCUCUCGGGGCUUUAGAUCAAGGAAACUCGAUUCAUGCAUACAUAAACAAGAGCGGUUUCACCAAAAGAUCUAACAUCUCAACUGCUCUUAUCGAUAUGUAUGCAAAAUGUGGGACGAUCAACAGUGCGUACCAAGUUUUUCACAAGAUUUCUCAACCAGAUGUUUGCAACUACACGAGCAUGAUCUCAGGGUUCUCAUCCCAUGGACUGGGUGGCAACGCCCUUCAGGUUUUCCAUCAAAUGUUAGCUGAAAACAUUGCACCCAAUGAGGUAACGCUUUUGGGUGUCUUAACAGGAUGUAGCCAUUCUGGUCUAGUCGAAGAGGGUUCUUCGAUAUUCCACAAAAUGGCGAGCAUGUGGAAUAUUGCAGCGAAAGUUGAACACUACGGCUGCUAUGUCGAUUUACUUGGUCGUGCUGGCUACUUGAAGACGGCCUUACUGAUUGCAAUAAAGAUGCCUUUGGAUGCCGAUAUAGUUAUAUGGAGGGCGUUGCUGAGCGCUUGCAGGAUUUACAAGGAUGUGAGUCUUGCAGACAAGAUAAUUGCAUACGUCAGGCAAGGGUAUUUUAGUCAAUUCGAUGGAAGUGAAGUGCUUCUCUCGAACUUGUAUGCUUCUCUAAACACAUGGGAAAGAGUUGGCGAAGUACGAAAACUAAUGAGCCAGAGAAAGAAUGAAUCUGAAUCUGAAUCUGAAUCAAAAUCAAACUUCGGAUGCAGUUGGAUUGAGGUGAAUGGUGUCGUUCACGAUUUCCGUGUGGAUGAUCAAUUGCACCCACAAAUCGUGAUGGUUCGAGAUAAGCUACACAAGGUAUUGAAUAUGCUAGUCCUGGAGGGGAAUACGUUUUUAGUUCCGGAAGAUAUGGGUUCGGUUUGAUGGACAUCAUAAAAAGCAUGUGGUUAGGCAUGUACGUUUAAACUUGCACAAACAAGUGAGAAUUCCGAGUCUGGCAGCCGCAAUGUGAGAGUUACAAACAAUACCUUUGGGGAUUGGGCUUCUUACGGGCACUAGGUUAUGAAGCCAGCCGCUAGCCACCUAAUAAGACCGUUGUAUAUCUGAUUUAUCUCUCACAUGAUACUCUUAUUGAAACAGGGUACUCAAAGGUUGCCGGUUACGAACCUUUGCACAAAAGUUUUGACUUAAAAGAGUAGCGAGAAUUGUGAUUUUGAAGUAAAAUUACAAAAGUACCCUUUACGAGCUUUAUAAAAAGGGUGCAUAAGAUUCUCAUGCUUGGAAGCAUGGUGUAAAGGUGAAGAAAACACCACUCGAUUA